GCUAACACGGUUCCUGACAAGUCUAGAGCAGCACUAGCGCAGAGUGAGACUCAUCAGCUGGCAAGCAGGAUUCGGUGUUUCUGGGUUCAGCAAUCAUCAGGCAGCAGAGAGGACUUGCUCCUCAGCCCCCAUCUCUGCCCCCAUCCCUACCCCGGUAGGCCACCGAGUGAGGUCCAUGGACUGGGGAGGGCCGCGCCUGACGGCUUCUGUGUCUGUCCAUGAGGGCCUGGAGCCCUGACCCUUCUGCCUAGGUUUCUGCCUUUUCUCUCUGUCUUUGGCCCGCUGGGGGAGGGGGUAGAGGCCGGGUGAGCAACAUGGCCCAGAGCAAGAGGCAUAUGUACAGCCGGACGCCCAGCAGCAGCAGAAUGAGCGCAGAGGCAAGCGCCCGGCCUCUGCGGGUGGGCUCCCGUGUGGAGGUGAUUGGAAAAGGCCACCGAGGCACCGUGGCCUAUGUUGGAGCCACACUCUUUGCCACUGGCAAAUGGGUCGGCGUGAUCCUGGAUGAAGCAAAGGGCAAGAAUGAUGGAACUGUCCAAGGCAGGAAGUACUUCACUUGUGAUGAAGGGCAUGGCAUCUUUGUGCGUCAGUCCCAGAUCCAGGUAUUUGAAGAUGGAGCAGAUACUACUUCCCCAGAGACACCUGAUUCUUCUGCCUCAAAGAUCCUCAAAAGAGAGGGAACGGACUCAACUGCAAAGACCAGCAAACUGCGGGGACUGAAGCCUAAGAAGGUGGUGUGUUUACUAUUGGUACCUGGGUGGGGGAGGGCCAUGAGCCCCCUCCCCAGCUGUCCUGCAUGUCCUUGGGCUGCUGCAUGCAUGUUUGUGUGACCUUGGGACUGGGAUGGCCAGAGGAAAUGGCGGCUUUGGCUUUCAGGGUUCCUUUGAGGGAUGCAAGGAUGUCAGGCUCAGUGUCCAGGCUCAGGUGGCACUCAUUAGAGAUGACUCCUGCACCUACUUGUCCCCCCUCCCCACUGCCUUAGGACUUCUAGUCAGAGACUCCAAACAUUCGAAUGUAAAUGUAAAGCAGCAGCAUGGAGUAGGGCAUUUACUGGGUUACACUGGGUUUUCAGUCUGAGUUUGGGGGCAGUGGGAGGAAACCCUGGGAGGUUGGGAGGGGAGAAAAUACCAGAUGAGAUGAUUGGGCAAGGAGGCAGGAGGCCAGGGAGCAGAGCACAGGAAGAACAGUCCUGAGUUGGAAAGCUGGAGAGUCUGUGUGUGUGUUUCUGGGCGGGCGCUAGCCAUGGAUGCCCACCCUUGCUCUGCUCCAUCGGUCUUUUCCUGCCUCUUCCUGCCUCUGGUGCUGUGCUGAGGCCCACCUCCCACCCCUUGUAGCCUUCCAUCAGCCAUCAUUGUGUGGGGCUCAACUGUGCCACCCCCAGACACUUUUUAAACUCUUAAGUCACAGCCGUGACCACUUCCUCACACCAGCCUCUGCCUUGGGCUUGUGCCCAAGCCAUCUCUGACCUGCAUGUGCCCGUCUGACCUGUAUGUCCUGUGCCGUAUGUAUGGUUCUGUGAUUUCCUUGUGGCCAGCUGUCUCAGGCUCUUCGGACCUGCAUGGAGAGCUACUGGAUUGGGGCAGUGGGUGGGGAGAGGAAAACAUCUUUUCGACUCCUGGUUGUCCAAGGUCCCCACUCUUGCCAUGGAAGAGACCACAUUUUGGUUUUGCUUUGAGGUCCUGGCUCCGGUGGGAGUGGGGAUGUAAGAAGGAAAAUAAUGCCUAAAGGAUGCUGAACCCAUUACAAGGUUAUAGAAACUUGGCUUCUUCCCUGGAUUAUUGUCUUCUCUUUGGGGCUCCCAGUCUUGCCUCAGGCCCUGGAGUAGAGAAGAGCAUGGACCUGCAGUUCGAUACCCAUGGAGGAGUUCUCGCCACAGGGGGAGCUGACCCUGGGCAGGGCCUGAGCUAUGUCCGAAAGCGGGGGUUUGGGCCGCUACCUGGGGAGAUGUGGCAAAGCCCAGCCUAAGCUACCUGUGCUGGGUUACAGGGCCUUCUUUGCUCCUGUGCACAGCGCCAGAUAGUCCCGUCCACAGCCAGGUCUUCCUUUCCAGUGGCUCUCUCACAGCAGACCACUUAGCCCAGGGCCCUGCUCUCACCCCCGGGGGAAACAGGGAGCCAGCACCAGAACCAAAAAAAAAAAGAGGAACUUUGAAGGGGAGGCAGAGGGAACCCAGAUGUCUCUGCAAGGUGCCCAGUCCCUUCUGGAAGGUCUUUAGAGACAGGCUUUAACCUGCCUGCAACCAGGGGAGGUUUGGGGGAGGAGCCAAAUACUGUCACUAGAGCUGCUCCUGAAUGUUCCCUGGGGUUUCUUAGUGUCAUUUUGUGCCCCUCAGAGCGGGUGCUGUCACAGCAGGGGUAUUCUGGGUGCGUGUGCCUCAUGAGAGACCAACCUUAAGGGCGUUGUCCGUGUGUGUAACAGACGAGUGGAGUUGAUGGGGCUGUGGGCAGAGGGGAGUGUAUGAGAGGCUGGUGGAGCAGUGAGGCUCCUGGCCCUGCCCAGUCAUGCCUUGGCCCCAGAGAGUACCGUUUCUGGGAUGGCCCCUAGCCCAGUUUCUUGGACCAGAC